AUGCAUGAUUUGAUGUACGAAUUGGCACACUCUGUUUCUAUUGAGGAAUGUUCAAGAUUUAAAGAUGGUGACCACAGUGCGGAGGCAAAUCGCAUAUCUCCUCCUAAAGUGCGACACUUGUACAUUCAAAGCAUAACUUCUGAAAUUAUCACAAUUAUUUCUCAGUCCAAGAACCUGCGCACUCUGAUAAUAGAAAAUGAGGCAAGCUCCAUACAACAAGAACUCAUGUCUGAUCUCAAGAAAUCUAUAAAAGGCAGAACAAGCCUGCGGCUCUUGAAGUUAGCUGGACAGGGUUGGUUUGGCAUGAAUGAUGUUGCGGAACUGAAGCACCUAAGAUACAUCUAUAUGUCAGCUACUGACGAGCCUAAUCUAUGUAAGCUGUUUAAACUCUGUCAUCUGCAAGUCCUUCGGAUCUUAAAGAUAGACAAAGAGGAAAAGGUGAGCCCCAUUGAUAUUGGUAACCUGCCGAGCUUGCAAAAAUUGGAUAUUCCUAAAAGAGCAUUGUCCACAAUCCCUCACAUUGGAAAAUUGACUAGUCUUCGAGAAUUGAAUGGGUUUAGUGUGAGGAAAAAGGAUGGCCACAAUAUAACUGAGCUGCAGAAUUUAGGGAAGCUCCGGAGAAUUAUUGUUUUUGAUGUCCAAAAUGUCAGCAAUUGUAAUGAAGCUGAUGCUGCUAAAUUGGAUAACAAGAUGGAAAUGAAAGUAUUAUCCUUGAGUUGGUCCCAUGGGCAAGGUGGAAUUGAUGAUCAUAUACUCAAUAAGCUUGUUCCUCACAGAAAUCUCAAGCAUUUAACUAUAUCUCGAUACAAUGGCAUUAAGCCACCAAUGUGGAUUCAAAGCUCCCACCGCUUGGCAGUCUAGGGGCACUGGAGCAUGUUGUUCUUGCGCACCUCCCAAAACUGAAAUACAUUGGUAAUUCAUCCCAUGGUUCUCAUGCUUAUGAUUACAGGGAGAAUUGGACAGAAGGAAAUGUUCCUGGCGAAUUGCCUCCCCAUCUGGUUACAUUUGUUGUGAAAGAUUGUCCACAACUUUUGGAGCUACCUGAUCUACCUUUCAGUCUGCAGUUAUUGGGGACAGAUGGAGUUGGAAUGUCUAGUCUGCCUAACAUGUCUGAUCUCAAGAGAUUAGAGCCACAGCUUUCUACACUGCAUUUCAGAUCUUGUGAUUUUUUGGU